AUGAAGUAUAAAUCAUAAUAAAAAUUAUUUACAAUAGUCCUUUUUAAAUUUUAGUAUUAAUAAAUAUCUAUUUAGAAUAGAUAAGGGGAAUUUCAAUCUAAUCAAGCUGAUUAAAUUAAAAGAACCAAAUUAUUGACUGACUCUUACAAAACGAUUUAUUGA